AUUCUAUUAAAGCCAUUCUGUGCUGAUAAUGCAUUCACUUGACAAUGUUGAUGUAGAGCUUCACUUUGGUGCCCUGAAUAAAUCUCCACAUUUGUUAUUACACUUUUUGAAGUUAACCAUGAAAUAUUCUGUUCCCAGAAUCACUUUUCUAGUCUUUGUGAAUCAAUUUGGUCCUAGUCCCCAGCAGCUUGAUACCCCAAUGCCUCUCAUUCAUCUUCUUCCUUCUAUCUCUGUUUUGCUUUGCCUAAUUCUUCUUUUGGAAGACAGAUUUACUUUGCAGGACUCACCAAGGGGAGUCCCGGUGAUUACAGCAGUCAAAAGAAUAGACGAGCUCUCUGAUUCAAUGUUAGAGCAUGGACUCUCACUGCGGGAGAGAUUAAAUGGCCCACUCCUUAACACUAUGGUAUUGUCAAGAGAAUUGAAGGCAGAGAGAUAUAAGCAGUUGUGGUUGCAACAUGGGAGAUCUUGGGACAGGAUGCAACAUAUGGAAUGAUAUUGUUUUAUGUGUUUACAGUGAACUAAAGUUGUAUAGCACUCUAUAGGAUAAUGAGUACAAAAUGAGUAGUAAUAUCACUAACAGCCAAUUUCCAUCAUGCCUACAUGUUUUCCUAGUUACUGAGAUCUGAUUCUAUGCAAAUUUCUUUGUCCAUUUA